CCUACGCGCCCUAAUUGUGUCGCCGUCGCUUCCCUCGACAACAAAAUCAGCUCUGGGGCGCAACCAAACUACAAAUAGGCAGUGGUUUAUAGGGUUUUGCAACCACCGAACAAAUGGAUUCAUUUUCGUCACCGUCAAGCGAUUCUUCCCAAUUUUCUGCCAAUGAAUUCAGGGAUCAGCUCAAGACUCAGCUAGCCCAGGCCUACGCAGAGGAGUUUCUUGAGACCUUAAGAGUAAAGUGUUUUGACAAGUGUAUCACAAAGCCAGGGUCAAACCUAAGUGGGAGUGAAAGCAGUUGCAUCUCCAGGUGCAUGGAGCGCUAUAUUGAGGCUACUAGCCUCGUCAGUAAAGCCCUGUUUAAGACACCACACUGAAGGAAAGGUUUUGCCUGAGAGAUUAAGAGUUUGAGGUAUCUUUAGCCACCUACAAUUUUUCUGAGAUUCCCCAUUUGAUAUUUUUGUUUUCCAGAUCUUGAAUCUUUCGCAAGGAGAAGUACUUUUGAUUUGAGGCCCCAUAGAUAAUAUUGGUAUCAUUUACUUGUUUACGAACAUGUCAACUUUGGGUCAAUUAAUCUCUCAUUCCUUCUCAGUUAA